UGACUUCUUCCUGAAGUUGAUUCAAUUCAAAAACAUUUAGUGGAGAAAAGGUGUAAUUUCUUGUCUGCUUCUUCCAUAAAUGACACCAAAACCACAUCGUUCUUUAACUUUUUUUUGAUGUUGUCGUCGUUCUACUUUAAAUGCCGUAAUAUUGAUCAGGAUUAAUCAUUGACUUGAUCCCAGAGGGAGGAUAAAGCUAUGAAUUUUCACCCAGUGGCUCUUUGUCCGAGGAGCCAGCUGAUAGCUUGACAGCUCAAACACUGGGAGGGGGAAACAUGAAAACAACGCCGGUUCCUGUCGUCUUUCUCCUGGUCCUGGCCUCUGUGCCUGUCCUCUGUGAUAGCAGCCAGCCUCCGGUCCUGAACCUGGAGGCUCUGCCUGAAACCCGCUCACUGUUUGCUCCCCUGGACGAUGUGCACCUCCUGUCCAACGGCCUGCUGCAGCUUGGCCAGAGCAUGCGGGAGUUCGUGCAGAAGACGAAGGGGCAGAUCAACACAAUCUUCCAGAAGCUGAACAUUUUCGACCGCUCCUUCGUCCGGCUGGCGGCGCUGGCUGGGGAGAUCAAGGAGGGCGAGGAGGAGCUGAAGCAAACCGCCGCCGUGCUCAACACACACAACGAGGAAAUCAAGGAGCUGUCCAAGAAGAUCAGCGUCAAGAUGGAGAGCAUCCUGCAGGAGAAAGGCCAACUUCUGAACAAAGUGGAAGUCAUGGAGGAGCAGCUGAGCAGCCUGUCUGUGGACCUGGUGACGGUCAGGCAGGUAGCGGAGAUCGACAGCCUCAGAGAAGUGAUGCAGCGCCAGGAUCAGAGCAUUAAUAGCCUGCUGGCAGCCAUGGUGGAACAAGGGAGGCAUCUGGACCACCAGACCAUGAAGAUCAAGCUGCUGGAGGAAAAACUGGCAGCCGGCGCAUCGGCCCAGGAAACCUUUGAGAAGAUGUCAGAGAUCUCCAUGUCUGAAUUACCAACAGCCGCCCCCUUCCUGACCUCAGACACCAGCAGCGGCACAACGACGACUUUUUUUGCAACAGAUUUCCCAUCAGACUGCAGCGAGUUGUUUGACAGAGGGGAACGGGCAAACGGGACCUACGCCAUCAAACCCAACGGGUCAGAGCCCUUCAUGGUCUUUUGUGAUAUGAGCAGAGGUCGUGGAGCGACAGUUAUCCAGCAGAGGAGAGACGGAUCAAUGAAUUUUGAUCAACCAUGGGAAAAGUAUGAAAAUGGAUUUGGAGAGUUGCAAGGUGAGUUUUGGCUGGGCCUCAAGAAGAUGUACUCCCUUGCCUCGCAGGGGAACUCUGUCCUUCACAUCCAGCUGGAAGACUGGAAGCAGAACAGACAUUUUAUCGAAUACAGAUUUUACCUCGAAGGCCCGGAGAGUGACUAUGCCAUACAACUCGAAUAUCUGUCUGGAAGUCUGCCCAACCCCUUGAGCAACCACACGGGAGUGGUGUUUUCCACCAAGGACAGAGACAAUGGCCGCCACUGGGCAUCCAGGUGUUCCCACCCCCAAUCAGGGGGAUGGUGGCUCAGCUCCUGUGGCGACGCCAACCUUAAUGGCGUCGCCAUUAAGAGGCGACUUAAUGAGAGGUACUCGCGCGUGAGAGCCAAUGGGCGCUCAGAGCGAAGGAGAGGCGUACAGUGGAGGUCGGGGCGAAAGGCGUCUCACUCCUUCGCUUUCACACAGAUCUCCAUCCAUCCUCUGGACUCUGUCAACUCCCUCUGAUGCCACUGUCCAUCUCUGGUCCAUCACCUGCUGUCUGUAGUUGCUACACUCAUUGUAAACAAUCAAAUAAUGGCCCGUUUGUCACAAGUAAUCAAAAUAAAUUCAUCCAAGAAAAUAUAUUAAGUUUAUUGGGUUGUCGUGUUAAACAAACGUGAAUAAAGUACGUUUAUUUUGACUACAUGUGACAAAUUAACUCAAUUUUUUUAAAAGUCGGAGCUCCAUUCUCUUUUUUUGUUUACUUGAGAAUGCUGUACCUAUGAAGUAUCACUAGUCUUUCUUGAUUAAACUUUCUGGACACUCUGCUCACUGUGAGUGACUUCACUGAAUGACUUUUGUUUCAACCAAACAUCCU